GUAUUUUUCCUGCGCUCAUUAUGACAAAUAAUGUCAAAUCUUUAUUGACAUUCCCAAACAGAAUGAAAUUCUUCGUAAUGUUUUUAGCCUGAAUGGAAACCUCCAAUCAUUUUUAACCGAAGAAAUUCUUGUUAGAUUUUAUUCUUUUUUGGAGUUAAAAAAAAUGGAAUUUUCCGGUGAUAUCCCUCAAUCUUACAUUCCUCCUCAUCCAGACACUAGCCAUAGACCUGCCAGGGUACUUUUUAGAGGUAACAUGUCUAGAAGACUGUCUCAAGUAUCCGGAAAUGCCCUGUAUUGGAUCAUGCAGAUUUUAAUACUCCUAACGUCAAUUUCUUUCAAUAUUUUGUGCAAUCCAAUAGUAUGGUUCCUGGUCAAGACUAUUUUCAACGUAGUGUCCGAAGUGUUGAUCUACAUGGUUCUAGGAAUAUGUUCUGUGCUUAUAAGCAUUAUUACACACUUGGAUGAGUACUACACCAAAGGAAAACAUCAAGGAAAAAGUGUUUUGAAUGAUACAGACUAUGCGAGCUAUAAUACUGAAGUUCCAAAAAACGUGAAAAGGUUUGUGGAUGUGCCAAAAGAUUAUUCAAUAUAGUAUAUUUCUUUCAAAAGGAAGUGUCUAAAUUGUAAAGUUUAGAAAAUAUAUUUUUACUAA